AUGUCUACCCCGGCACAAGUACACACGUACGGCCCCAAGUGUCGCCUUACUCCCGUGGCGCACCCGACCCCGACCGAGCAGGACAACGGUGUGCCCCCUGUUCCCGCGCAAUUCUUCUACUCGUCGGUCAUGCCAAUAGACGACCCCUUGUCGCCUGGCACGAUCGCUGGUGCUUCCGAUGCGCGGACUACUCGAGGUCAAAUUCGUCCCUUUUCGUUAGGCGACAACAACGCUCUGGAGAAGGCCUGGCUCAGUUUCCUCUCCGAGGAUAACGUAAAAGCUCAUGAGCAUUUAGUACGGAAUCGCACCCUGAGUCCUGAUGUUGAGCAGGCGAACACAAAAAAGCUAGAGCUUCUGGUUCGGCACCUGGCCGCCAAGCAUGGCCGAAAGCAUGGGGGGAUAUUUCAGGCAUCCGUAGUCGCAGGCGAAGACUUGGAUACACUUCCCGACACUCCAGCUACAGUUUGCUGUCCCGACCUUUUUAUUGACGUGUCCACCGAACUGCAAAAUACAUUUUGUGCCCUUGCGAGAAAACAGCAAUCCUCCCUGGGCCAGGACAAUGUCGUUCAGGAGGUCAUGAUGGAAUUGCGACGUCAACUUAGUACAAAUCCAGCCGCCGAUGACUCCCGGUCAACAGCCGGGAGCGUUCCCUCCUCGAGGCCUCGAGCAGAUUCGGCGCGCUCAAGACAAAUGGGAAUUGUGGGCUCUUUCAGCCCCCGCCGUGAAGCCGCCAAUGAAUUGUCUCGUUCUCAAAAGGACGGGAUCACACAUGGGGCUGACACCAAAGCGAGACCAAGGUCUGAUUCGCGCGCGAGUGAGCAAGCGUCUCGCCCAUCGACCCCCGGCACGAGUACCUCAUUUCGGCCGUCUGUGGACGAUGGGAUAUCCGGGAAGCCUUUCGUCAGAGCGGGAAUAAGGCAAAGACCACCAGACGCCUUUGGUAGUUCAUUCCCCCCUAUCGAGACUCAUAAUGCCAAUGGAGAUGAACGCGAAAUGCGAACUCCGCCCAAAGCACAAGAGCCAACGAGGCCGAGGGCAAGUACAUUACAAAUCGCCACGCUGAGUGACGCGAGCUACAGAAGAGAAGCCAUUGACGUUGUCGUUGGCGUAUCUAGGCUUCACAUGGUAUCCAUUCCUGCUCUACAGAUGAAACCGAUUUACUGGUCCCCUGUGAAUGACAUCGCCGUAGUACUCCGUGCUACAUGGUUCUACAGAUUCAACUGGUUGUGGGCUGGGUCUGACAGCAAUCCUAGAGAUACAAUGCUUCCAAUUCCGCCAGCAGUGGCGAAUCAACUAGAAGCUGGAUACCGAGAGCUGCAACCGCAUACUGAGACCUGGAGCGAUGAGCUUCGCUGUGCGAUUGAAGUUGGUCCGCUCGGCGAAGAAAAAGUCUCGCAUCGUCUCUGGCCGGAGGAUGUGGAAAGUAUGAGCGAUGGCGACAAGCAGACCGUCCCAGACACCCGAAUUUUAACGGACCCUUUCUGUGCUGCUAGCUGCUAUCGUGGAGAAGCUGCGGCUGAAGGAUCCGUCGAUCCAACUCCAAAGUCUUCCAGUACGAUGCCGCAUCGAAGUUACGCCAGCUACCAUGUCAUCUAUAAGGACGCUUCCAGAGCCUUCCUCUUGAAACCCAGUUUAAAACCAUCGGCCUACUAUGGGAGACGGCCAGUAGCCAAAAUUAUGAAGGGAAUGACUAUAGGCAUCCCUGUAGUUCGAGGCUUCGAUCGGGAGACGUGGGAACGCAUCCACGACAAGAAGGGUAGGCGCGACCCAAAUUCUCAGUCAGAAUCUCCUGCGAGCGACACUUCUGAAAGCGUCGGGCGGGACGUUUUGUGUCCAGCUUGUAAGGCAGAAAAGGAGCAGGGCCAGGUUACCGACCUUGUGAUGGUUGUGCAUGGCAUAGGGCAGAAGUUCGCUGAGCGAGUCGAAAGCUUUCACUUCACGCACGCCAUCAACGCAUUUCGCCGGGAAGUCAAUAUGGAACUGUGCAAUCCCGUGGUUAAGGGAGUCUUGAGAGACGACCAGAACGGAAUCAUGGUACUUCCGAUAAACUGGCGCCACACUCUGUCAUUCGAAGACGGUGGCCCGAUGACGGAGGAGGACAAGGCAACCCACGUGCCUGAUGGAUUCAGUCUCAAGGACAUCGAACCUGGUAGCAUCCCGGCCGUGAGAAGCAUGAUCUCUGAUGUCAUGUUCGACAUUCCAUUCUACAUGUCUCAUCACAAGGGCAAGAUGAUCAAGGCGCUUGUUACGGAGGCUAACCGCGUAUACCGGCUGUGGUGUCGCAACAACCCUGGUUUUGCUGAGAAAGGGCGUGUCCAUCUGAUUGGGCAUUCUCUUGGCAGUGCCAUGGCGAUUGACAUCUUGUCCCGACAACCCACACGAGUUCCUAGAUUGGACAUGUCCAUCAAAUUGCCAGGAGUUGAUUUCUUUGAGUUUGACACCAACAACUUGUUCCUCGUCGGAAGCCCGGCCGGAUUCUUCCUGCUUCUCGAGAGAGGCAUGCUCCAACCUAGGCGUGGCCGGGUCAAACCUGGCGCUGACCCGAGCGACAUACACGCACCGGAUGUUACGGGACAAGUUGGCCGGUUCGGGUGCAUUGCGGUAGACAACAUCUACAACGUGCUGGCUAAGGAGGACCCAAUCGCCUACCUACUCAACGGCACAAUCGACCCGGUGUAUGCCUCAAGUCUCAAGACGGCUCAUGUUCCUUCGACCACCAGUUCCAUCUUCAAGUACGUUGGCAACGCCAUGCGAAGUCUCGUGCCAGGCGCAACCCCGAGCCCCGCAACCAUCGAGCCAGCUGCCACGCUCAAGCCUUCCGUCGUUCGUUUGCCGUCACAGCUCGAGUUGGAGGUACACGACUUUACGCGUGAGGAGAUUGCAGAGAGAAAGGCGUACUUGUUGAACGACAAUGGCCAAAUUGAUUACUAUCUCAGAUAUGGCGGUGGGCCUCUGGAGAUCCAGUACCUCAAUAUGCUGAGCGCCCAUACGUGCUACUGGACGAGCCAGGAUUUCAUUCGUAUGCUGUGCAUGGAGGUUGGGAGGAAGCCUGGGAGACAACACACGAUUCCCGCCAUGAGGGCUCAGAAGGCAACCAAAAGGAUCAUCGUUAACUAG